GGCGUGACUUACGGCUGCCCCGCCUCCUUGAACAGCGCUGUUGAUCGGCGUGGAGAAUGCAAAGGUCGGUGAAGGCUCCUUGGUUCUCUGGGCGGUUUGCGCUGCAGCAUGACCCAGUCUGUGGUCCUACAGGUUGGCCAGUGUGGAAACCAGAUCGGCUGCUGCUUCUGGGACCUGGCCCUGAGAGAGCACGCCGCUGUCAACCAGAAAGGAAUUUAUGAUGAAGCAAUAAGUAGCUUCUUUAGAAAUGUGGAUACCAGAGUGGUUGGUGAUGGUGGCAAUAUUUCCAAGGGAAAAAUCUGUUCUUUAAAAGCACGAGCUGUCUUGAUUGACAUGGAAGAAGGGGUAGUGAAUGAAAUUCUGCAGGGACCAUUGAGAGAUGUAUUUGAUAGCAAGCAGCUCAUCACUGAUAUUUCUGGCUCAGGGAAUAACUGGGCUGUAGGUCACAAAGUUUUUGGCAGUCUUUACCGAGAACAGAUUUUGGAGAAACUCAGAAAGUCUGCAGAGCACUGUGAUUGUUUGCAAUGUUUCUUUAUAAUACAUUCCAUGGGAGGAGGAACAGGAUCUGGACUUGGCACAUUUCUUUUAAAGGUACUUGAGGAUGAAUUUCCAGAAGUAUACAGAUUUGUGACUUCGGUUUAUCCUUCUGGUGAGGAUGAUGUCAUAACAUCACCUUAUAAUAGCAUGUUGGCAAUGAAGGAACUCAGUGAGCAUGCAGACUGUGUGUUGCCCAUUGACAAUCAAUCUUUAUUUGACAUCAUUAGCAAAAUUGACCUCAUGGUGAAUUCUGGAAAAUUGGGUACAACUGUGAAGCCUAGGAGUUUGGUUACUUCAAGUACUGGGUCUUUUAAAAAGCGGCACAAGAAACCCUUUGAUGCAAUGAACAACAUUGUGGCAAAUUUACUGCUCAACCUAACAAGCUCAGCAAGGUUUGAAGGGUCUCUUAAUAUGGACCUUAAUGAAAUCAGCAUGAAUUUAGUUCCUUUUCCUCAACUUCAUUAUCUUGUGUCAAGCCUAACACCUCUGUAUACACUGGCAGAUGUUAACGUUCCCCCUCGAAGGUUGGAUCAGAUGUUUUCAGAUGCCUUUAGCAAAGAUCACCAACUAAUUCAGGCUAACCCCAAACAUAGUCUCUACCUGGCCUGUGCCCUCAUGGUCAGAGGAAACGUGCAGAUUUCAGAUCUUCGCAGAAAUAUUGAAAGAUUAAAACCUUCUCUACAGUUUGUAUCCUGGAAUCAAGAAGGCUGGAAGACCAGCCUGUGUUCAGUACCUCCUGUGGGCCACUCUCAUUCAUUAUUAGCAUUAGCAAAUAACACCUGCGUGAAACCUACCUUCGUGGAACUGAGAGAGAGAUUCAUGAGGCUCUACAAGAAAAAGGCUCACCUUCAUCACUAUCUACAGGUCGAAGGAAUGGAGGAAAGCUGUUUCACAGAAGCUGUGUCGUCUUUAUCAGCGCUCAUACAGGAGUAUAACCAACUGGAUGCCACAAAAAGCAUGCCUGUGCAGGAUUUACCUAGACUGAGGAUAGCUAUGUAAAAUUGAAACCAAAAAGAACAACAAAAUAUAUGUAUAUAUAGUUUAUUUUCUUAAUUUCACAUCUUUUUAGUCAACUUUCUGUUUCAGCAUUUUUGUGAUUCAGAAAGUCCAAUUGUGUUUUUCAUAUUAUCAGGAAGUAUUUUUGUCUACAAGAGUAGUUUCCAUGUAAUCACAAUUUGUUGAUGAUACCAAUGUGUGAAAUUAGUGAAGUCCUAGUACCUUGUUUAUCUUCAGAAAAGUCCCCUUUUCUAAAAUGAAGAAUACUGUAGUUCAUCAUUUUACUUUAUUUAUAGUCUUAUAUUUAGGCAUUUACACAUUAAUAGUCAAGUCUUUAAUAAAAAUCUUGUACAGA